CAGCGGGGCCAGGCCAUGCGGGAGCUGCGCUCGUCCGCCUUCUGGAGGGCCGUCCUGGCCGAGUUCCUGGGCAGCCUCCUCUAUGCCCUGCUGGGGCUGGGGGCCUCCCUGCGCUGGGCCCCGGGCCCCCCCAGCGUCGUGGGGUCCGCCCUGGCCUUCGGGCUGGCCCAGACCACCCUGGUGCAGGCGCUGGGCCAUGUCAGCGGGGGUCACGUCAACCCGGCCAUCACGCUGGCCUUCCUGAUGGCCUCGCAGCUCUCCCUGCCCCGUGCCCUGGGCUACCUGCUGGCCCAGGUGCUGGGCAUGCUGGCCGGAGCCGGGGUGCUCUACGGGGUGACCCCCGGCCCCGUCCGCGGCACCCUCGGCCUCAGCGCGCUGCACCCCGGCGUGGGCCCGGGCCAGGGCACGGUGGUGGAGCUGCUCCUGACCGCCCAGUUCGUCCUUUGCGUCUUCGCCAGCUUCGACGACCGUCACGACGGGCGCCCGGCCAUGGCCGCCGUGCCCAUCGGCUUCUCCCUCGCCCUCGGCCACCUCUUCGGGAUCCACUACACGGGCGCCAGCAUGAACCCCGCUCGCUCCUUCGCCCCGGCCGUCAUCACCCGCAACUUCGCCAACCACUGGGUGUACUGGGCGGGCCCGCUGCUGGGCGCGGCGCUGGGCGCGGUGCUGUACGAGUUCGCGCUGUGCCCGCGGCCGCGCAGCCUGGCCGAGCGCCUGGCCGUCCUCAAGGGAGAGCCGCCCGCCCCCGCCCCGCCUCCCGAGCCGCCGGCGGAGCCGCUGGAGCUGAAGACGCAGGGGCUGUAA